UGCACAUUUUGCCUCAAAUGACGAGUCCCUCCCCAAUAGCGACUCAGGUGGUAAAGUAAUAGAAAUGUGCCAGACCCUAAAAAAUACAAGUUUCCCAGUAAGGCGUGUUCAAUUAAUAUUUUACCCAGUAGGCUACAGACAGAGACAAUUAGCUCCAAAGUUCAAGGGUAAAACUUUCGACGAGCACAUACAGAGCAGAGGAGCAGCACAAGAAGACAAGUUAAAGAAGCUUGUCAAGAAAUGCAAUUAAUUUGUUGCAUUGACAAGGAAUGCCCAUCCAUCAGUGUCUACAGGGAUAAAAAGCUCAACGUCAGGGAAAAGGAGAAAUUAUGGCAGAGGGCAAUGGUCCAAAAGGAGGCACUGGGGUCUUUGCUAAAAGAUUCCAAAGGCAGCUGAGCAGGGGCAAAGAGAAGGUCUUGCAGAAGUUUGGAAAGACAGUGGAGACCAAAGAUGAAAUAUUUGAACAAUGCCUCCUAAAUCUGAAUGACCAACAGAUUGUUGGGAACCGGUUAUACAAGGACCUGAAGAUUUACCUUAGUUCUGUCAAAGGAAUGCGGGAAGCUUCAAAACAUCUUUCCCAGUCUCUGUAUGGUGUCUAUGAGCCGGACUGGGAUGGAAAAGAGGACCUGGGGACCAUUGUAGAGGGUGAAGACGACCUGUGGAAUGAUUAUGAGGCAAAUCUGAUAGAUAAGGCACUUUGCACCAUGGAGUCUUACAUAAGCCAGUUCCCAGAUGUCAGGGUAAGGAUGGAAACACACACACACACACUCCCAAAAUAUUUGAUCUCACACGUGCGUUAUUCCUUUACUCCAACCCCCCAGGAGAGGGUGGCCAAACGAGGCAGGAAGUUAGUCGACUACGAUUCCUCCCGUCACCACUUGGAGGCGAUGCAGAAUGCUAAAAAGAAAGAUGAUGUCAAAAUAGCCAAGGCAGCUGAGGAGGUAAACAGAACCCAGAUUGUCUUUGAGGACAUCAACAGAGAGCUGAGGGAUGAGCUCCCUAUUCUCUAUGACAGUCGAAUUGGAUGCUAUGUGUCAGUCUUCACAGCCAUCUCAAAUUUACGGGACACCUUCUUCAAGGAAAUUAUUACGUUCAAUGGUGAUUUGCAGAAUGUGAUGAAGGGCCUGAAGGAUCAGUAUCCAGACAAGGUGUUUGUCGUCAAAGGGUUGAAUCAGACUGGCUCUCUGAAGAGGCGAUCUUUCAUGUCCCCCAGGUCGUGGAGCGCUAGCUUCUCUGACUUCCAUCAGAGUUAUAGUCCGGGCAAGUCCAGCACCCUCACUAGAGACAGGUCCAGCUUCAGAUCCCUUAGUAGUCCUCGCUAUGAUGAGUCACUCACCAGCACCCCUGCAGUCUCCCCACGGUCCCCACGUACUAAAGAGCCCUCUUCAGAGGCCCAAGACCUGGAUGCAGACUCGACCCGCAGUGAAGGCCCCACUGCAGAGAAGAAACCGGAAUCUGAAAGCAGGGAUAACACCACCACAAAAGGGGCCUCUGGCAGCGGCCAGAAGUCAGAAGAGAAACUGACGGAGGAAGAGAAGGAUGUGAAAGAGGGAGAGCCUCCUUCAGACCAGUACUCCACCACCUCAGAUAAGAAAGGAGAAGAAGAAAGCUCUUCUGCGUUGACAGCAAGUACUUCCGAUGUGACCAACUCCCAUAACUCAGAGAACGUUGAGCUCCAGUCCUCGGCCAUAGACACCCCCCAGCUGACCAUAGAGAGCCCUGUGGCCCCUGAGGACUCUGGGGCCCACGGUGUGCAGAACGGAGCGGCUUCUGAUGGCUCCGAUGCUAACAUAGAGACCACCGUGCUUGUCCAAAAGGCAGCAAAAUUACAUAUCCAGGAGCAAGAGGGUGCGAAAAACACUGUGGUUUAAUGAAGGAUCUCUGAGGAAAAGGUUGUUACUGUCUAAAGUAACUGUAAUUGAGUUAUUAUAUUGAGUUUCUUAUUUCCUGAGUUGUUAACUGUCAAAAUGUUAUGCAUUUGUUCACAGAACGAGUUAUAGUAAUAAGGGAGAGUGGAUAAAUACUGCACAAGGGAAAAUAGGAUCAAUAUGAAAAGCCUUCUCAAUAUUACUGGAGGGAUAUAAGAAUAUCUCCUGUUUCCACCUGCUGUCUAAGAUCUGGAAGCUCUUGCUUGUGGACAAUAUACUUUCAAUACAAACGUUUCGUUUUUUAAUUAAUAAAAUCAAUGGUAUGCCAAUUUGUGCUUUGUUUAGGGUUGUGCCAGUAUACACCCAAUAACUUUAUACACCCAAUAACUGUGAAUUGUAUUUUAAUUUAAUUGUAGAGAAACUGCAAGUUCACAAAAUUAUACUUGACUCAAUUUGACAUUCAGCUUUGCAAAACUGUAUCUCAUUUCAUAGAGCCCCACAGUGGAGGUGUCAUAACCAUAAAACCUAGCGGUCAAACAGGGAAAUGGUUCCAAUAAUUUUUCCGCCAUACAUUUUUUAGAAACACUUCAAAUAAGGGCUGUGUUUCGUGUAGACUUACCCUGGUGUGACGUGGAAAAACUAUUGGAACCAUUUCCCUGUUUGACCGCUAAGCUUUAUGGGUAUUAUGACUCAUACUGUGUUACUCUAUAUAAGUUUGCUAAAUUGUACCUGAAAAACUUGAUUAUUGAUUAAACAAAUAGCUUUUUAUAAUGUCUUGUUUAGUGACACUGCCGUUAAUUGAAAAACCAAAAUCAAAUGACUAAAUCAAACAGUGGUGUAAAGUACUUAAGUAAAAAUACUUUAAAGUACUACUUAAGUCAUUUUUUUGUGUAUCUGUACUUUACUAUUUAUAUUUUUGACAACUUCUACUUUCACUUUAUCACAUUCCUAAAGAAAAUGUAUUUUUUACUCCAUACAUUUUCCCUGACACCCAAAAGGUACUUGUUACAUUUUGAAUGCUUAGCAGGAUAGGAAAAUGGGCCAAUUCACACACUUCUCAAGAGAACAUCCCUGGUCAUCUCUACUGCCUCUGAUCUGGCAAACUCACUAAACACAAAUGCAUCACUUGUAAAUUAUGUCUGAGUGUAGGAGUGUGCCCCUGGCUAUCCAUAAAUAAAAUAAAAACACACAUUGUGCCAUCUGGUUUGUUUAAUAUUUGAAAUUAUUUAUAUUUUUACUUUUGAAACUUAAAUAUACAUUUGCUUUUGAUUCUUAAGUAUAUUUAAAGCCAAAUACUUUUAGACUUUUACUCAAGUAGAAUUUUACUGGGUGACUUUCACUUGAGUCAUUUUCUAUUAAGGUAUCUUUACUUUUACUUUAGUAUGACAAUUGGGUACUUUUUCCACCACUGAAAUCAAAGGUGUCUUUUGAUUAAUUUUGUUUUUAUAUAAAAUGUCUCAAACA